UGCGGAUCAAAUGAGAUUUGAAAUAUUCGCUGACGAUGGUUCGAGCUCGCGCAUCGCCAGCCCACAGAACGAGAGUCGACAAAGGGGUUUAGCCAUAAGAUCUGCUGCGACUCCUCCGCCUGCCUCUCCGGCUUCAAGACGAGCUUCUCCACAGCAGCAGCGAAGAACUCCGAACAAUAACACGUUCGGCGGAAGCGAUGGUUCGGUUUGAAUGAAAUAAUUUGCGCGCGCUUUGCGAUACUAAACGUUUCUGUUGCAUUUGUAAUUUCAAGUUGGCGGUUGGUUCGGAUCGCCUGGACACAAUACUGCAGCACCUCCUUCACCAUCUUUCUUAGAUGAAUCUUCGCGCAGAAUGCCACCAGGAUUGGAAGGUGUUUCAACAAAUUAUAGCAG